UGUUUUCUGUGAUUAAAAGUCCAUCAAGAAAAAAAAUCAACUUUAAUUUGAUUUUAAGUUAGCUUGAAAGCUUCGACUGAGAUUUAUCUAGUACUAAACUGUAAAUGAAGUUACAAAGUCAACACCUAAUAGCUACUAUAAAAAAUGUUCGAAAAUGUUUCGUGUCGUGUAAACUAGGUGAUUAUUUGGUUUAAAUUGAGCUAUCAGCAACGAUAAGGCAUCACUUUUCCCUCCGUAAUUUAUUUGACAAUUUUCUUGAUUACAUUUACAUUUAACGGUAGUAAUUUUUGACCACAGAGUUAACGAUUGUUGUCAUUGUCAUUUAAUUCGUUGACUUAAUUAAUUAUUCUGUAGUCGCGGGAGUGUAGCUAUGUUUAUGGAAUGAUUAUUUUCGUGUUUAUAUCCGUUGAUUUUUAUUAAUAUGGAUUCAAAUGCUUCCAUUUAAUUUUUGUUGUCGAAGUUUCAAUUGUUGAUGUGUUCAAUGAUCAUUAAUGAUUGCAAGGUACGACUGAAUGAAAUGCAAAAUAUGGCGCCUUCUCAGUCAAGAUUUUCUUUUUGUGUAAUCAAUUAAUUCGUUUCUAUUAUUACUGGGAGUUAUAUAUUUCUGUGUGUAGUGCCAAUAGUUUUUUCAAAUUGACAAAAAUGGAAGCAACUCCUGUCUCCCACCAACUAUCUGAAGAUUCUGGUUGCAUAUCUGGUUCCUUUUCUACAUCGGCAAUUUUCGGUUCGACGCCCAGUACUGAAUUCACUACACCGACUUCGCAUGUUAACUCCCGAAAAAGAAAAUACAACCAGUCUUUCUUUGCCGCCAAAAAAUUACAAGAUGUUAUUGAAUCUACUCCUUGCACCUCAUCACCUAUAUUCUCCAGUACACUCAAUGAAUCGUUGGUGGAUAAUUUGGAAAAUUUUCACAUUAGAACCAGUUGUCCUUUGGAUUUGGGAACCAGCAGUAUUCAUGACAAAUCGAGAGAUAGUUAUUGCAAAAAGAAAAUAUCCUUUCCUGCAACACCUGAGAAAAGAAUCGGAUACAUUGAGGAGGCUAAGAAAUUCAAAUCAGACUAUUAUUUCAACUUGAAAGUUAGUGAAUCACCAGUGAAAGAGGCACAUGAUAUUCUGUAUGCUAACCUGAAACCUAACGUGAGAAAACCCUUCUCCCCGUUUAAAUUUAGGGAUUGUUCGGAAAAACUAGCAUCCCCUGCUAAAAAGUGCCUAUUCGAAACUCAUGAAAAGUUGAGAACACAAAAAUUAUUUUCGCAAGUUGUAUCAAACCCAGUGAUUAUGUCCGUCAUGUACAAGUAUUUAUCAAAUGGGGAUAUAUACAGGUUAUCACAUGUAUCUGCUUCCUUGAAAGAUGCAAUUUUGACACAUGCAGAAGCAAGAAAGAGAUAUGAGGUAUUUAUGGAAGUUCAUAAACAAAAUAAAGAGAACUAUCAACGUACACCUCCAAGUUCACCAGAAAAGAGUGACAGUCCUCCAGGGAGUCCCAGUAGAUUCAAUGAAUAUGUAAAGAUUGGUAAACUCUUGAAUUAUCAUCAGAGUCUAACAAAGUGUCCAAGAUGUGAGAAGCCAAGUAUUGUUGAAAACUCCAUUGGACAAUGCCAAAAUGUAGUGUCUUGUGGUUAUAUCUAUUGUCAAAAGUGUUUUAGCUUUUCUGAGACGGGCCCAGAGGACUUUUAUGAUAGUUGUCAAUCAUCGGCAUUGGUCAAAAACAGCUCAAGAAGUGGUCUGUCAGAUAUGAGUAACAGCGAUCGUUCAACGAACCGUUUCAAUGAAGAAUCGUCUAGUCACCUUUAUUCGAUUUUCCAGAGUCCUAGGAACAGCAGGAUCUUCGAAGAAUCCUCUGGUUUCAUUUCAGAAAAUGAGUAUUCGCCCAAACCGUGUAGCGUUAAGAGGAAUUUGAGCCAAAAGCUCAAGAACAUUCGUCCGAAAACGCAAGUAUUCCACCUGUUCAACGACGUGGUACCCCCGACCGCCCCUCUGAAGAAGAGAGUGUCCCUCUUCACAACCCCCGUCAUUUCCUUGGAGAAAGAGAAGAUACAGGACUUUGACCCUCCCAGCCCGCCGAAAAUAAGGAUUUUGGCCUGUUCGAAGCAGAGCAAGAGGAAUUUGAAACGUCUCACCAGAUAGCCUGUUAGGUUUAAGUUAUCCCGAAAGUCGUACGGCUUCACCCCAGUUUUUUAUUUAUUGUUUUUGUUAUGCUUGGUUUGUGUGGACUUGGUUUAUCGAGGUAGUUUUCGACUUGUUUGUGAGUUGAUGGAAUGGACGUUUUUUGGAAAAUUGGUAGUUGAUGAUUAGCUAUAAGAGGGAAACUAGGUACGCACUGAUGAAUCGACUUCAACUUCGAAGAACAAUCAGUUUAUAUCUGUGUGACGAAGGAUAAUAUUCCAUCUUAAUCCGAACCUAUGCAUUUUUCUUUUAAUCAUGUUGUUUUGGUUUGUGCAUCUAGUUUUUCCUUGUAGUUGAUAUUAAUUGAAGGAGACCACGUUGAUGUCGCCAUUCACAAAUAUUCGAGAGCCCAGCAAAUAAUUUUUACCUUAUUGACGAUAUUUAUUCAGUUUGAGUAGAUUAUUCCAUUGAAUGAAAAGAUCUAUUUAGAAAUGCUAAAAACAACGAAAAACUAGUUAUCGGUUGUCUACUAGCCAAAAAAAACCUAUUUCUGUUGACGGAUAUAUUAAAAAAAAAAAUUCACUUAACACACACUCGAAAUAAAUACUGCAAAUGAAAGAAUCGCCACGGAUUGUUGAAAAAAUGACUGAUUUUUGAGUACAGCUGGUGAAACAUCCUUUAGAAGUGCAGGUUACUUUAUAUCUGGAGAAUUGUCCAUAUUUUAUUCUGGUUGUGAUGAGCGAUACAAAUAUCUUGAUGGCAUCACAUGCGGGUGGGAGACUCGUCCUUAUAACUGAGUUAAAAUAGGAUAUUAUGUGGAAUUAAUCAAUAUCUGAUGGGUUUUGUCCAAUUUUUCUGAAGAAACUCUGCGUCCAAAAAAGAUACAUGAAUGUUUCUGAACCAAUACAUUGUGAAAUGUAAAUCGAAUACAUCACAACAUGGAAACUGAAUAUUGUAGAUUUAACUUGAUUUGCUUUCCGAAAAGUGAAAAUUGUUCAGGCUCCAAAUAUGUUCCGAUUAAUUAACGGAAAAUAUAAUUGUAUAAUAGUUUUUUGUUACGAUUAUCUUUUCGAAUCUACGUAAAUAUAUUGUUCCUGGUAGGAUCCUUCAGCUCAGGAGUUAUGUAAGUAAGUUUUGUAAUAUUUUUAAUGUACUUUUACUCUACAAGACAUCAUUGACAGUUUGUUUUUAACAUUCCCAAAAUUUGAGUAUUAAAAAGCAAUUGAUGUGAUUGUUUAAAUUAAUUUUUUUAUUGAAAUAUGUUAUUUCAGCCAUGACUGUUAACUGUAAAUUCAAAUUUUUCCCGAUAUAGAACUUUGUUGAGGUUUUAUCUCGUAUCGCAUAAAUUAUUUGUUAGAUCUGAUUUUAAUAAACAUUUUGUAAUGUACUGUCAGUUCGACACUGUAUUUUUUUGUAACUUAUAUGUUGAAAUUGUUCAUCAUUCCAUUUUCUGUAAUAUUUAAUUAGUGUUUAAGGAGAACUAUUUUUGAAAUAUAAUAUUUUGAGGU